AUGGCAAAGGUGGAGGCCCGGCGUGCUUCGGCGAGAAGCCGUACUAGAUCUACACUAUCGGCGACGGAGGCGUUAGCGGCGGUAGUUGGUGGCCGUAGUCUGCGGCCACGCCGAGCCGGGAGCCAGGGUGCUGGGGCAGCCGCUGUUGGUGUUUCAAUCGGCGGCGGUGCGACAUCAAAUCUGGGCCCGGAAAGCCCACUAAGACGAAGCGCUCGCAGCGGGGAUUCAGCAGGGGCUGCCCGGAACCGUAUCUCCAACUCCAACGGCACCACAAGCAGCAGCACUACCACUAGAGGUCGCCGUGGCAACAAGGCCAACAACACCGGCACUCUCAACCACAAUAUUCGUCCCCGUAGAUCGUCCAUCAACUAUCGUGAAUAUUCCUCCGACGAUAGUGACAGUGCCUCUACCACUACGCCUGAUGAAACCGAUAGCCAACAAGAGGAUGACGGAGAACAAGAUGCACAACCACCGCGCAGGUCCACGAUAUCAACACGGGGGCGUCCAUCUCGGACCCAGACCCAGCUGAGCACCACACAUAGUAACACCCGAACAAUCACCUCUAGUCGCCAAACACUAGGAAAGCGCCGUCGUCCCCAGUCCGGCUUUUUCCAUGAAGACGACAGUGACGGAGCAGAUGAUCAAGAUGACGAGAUCGUCAAUACCGACCAAGAAACUCUUCCCACUCCUCGCAGGGGCAGAGGGUCUGUAGCCAGAGCCAGGGAAUCGUCUGUUCCACGCACGCCAGACCGGAAAAGAAGGAGAGGCACGCCGGCCACUGACACCAAGAGACGCACAACUGCAUCGUCCAGGAAAUCCAAGCUAGACCUUGUCCACUCUGGUGAUGUUGACGAAGACACAGCAGAGAAGGAACCCAAAGUCAUCCCCCCGUGGCAAGAGCUCCCUUACGAGAUCUGGCGCUUGAUUUUCAAGUAUGCAUCUGCCGAGCGCGAUCGGGAUGCUGUCAACCUUCUCUUGUCUGCGUGCCAUCUCUGUAAAGACCUUGCAGAGCCAGCGCUGACGGCAUUGUACUACUCCCCGCCUUUGCUCACGCGGAAAAUGGCACAUGGACUCGUGGCUUUCUUGUCCUCGGAUUCCUCAAAGUGGUUGUACCGCUACAAGUGGAAAGUAAAGAAGUUGCGGAUCGAUGUGGCGGAGAUUGCGUCCAAGACUUAUAAAGGGCAACACCUCGACUGGGACGCCCUUUUUGCCAACGUCCCCCAGCUUAAGUCUAUCGACUUCUAUCAUGAAAAGGACAAUGCCCCGUUCCGGUCCCUUGAAGCCAGCCUGAGAUGGAAAUACCCAACUGCAUUGUGGAAAUUCCUCAACGGCGGCGACCCUCCAGGAUCCGAGCACGAGCCGAUCCAACUUGAGGCCUGGAGAUGGAAUGGGAGGUUGAUGAACGCCGACAUGACUUUGCAGAGCCCAGCCAUUAUUCACCAAACUCCGGCUUUCUCAAAUCUCAAGAAGAUUUGUCUUCAGAACUUCCAGGUGCCUUCGAUGCCGCUGCAUAACUGGCCAACGAUUCCCGAAGAUGUUCGAGAGAGCGAAGGGUUCGAAAACUUCUUGAUCGGCGAAUUCGCUCAAGCCAUCAACGCUCUUCCAGAACUGGAGUGGCUGUCUAUCGAAUCUUCCACCAUCGCAAACGACCAUCUGCUCAGUCUCCUUCCCAACACUCUCAAGACGUUGGAGCUAGUCAACUGCUGGGAGAUCACUGCCGAUGAUUUCUCGGAAUACCUUCUGACUCGUGCUCACAAUCUUGAGCACCUCUAUCUGAGGCACAACCAGUCGCUCAGCAUGAGCUUCCUCACUGUUCUGGGCACAGCCUGCCCAUGCCUUCAGACACUCAGUGUCGACCUCAAAACCUACAACCACCACGAGUUCUACAACGACUCAGAUCCCAGCUACGACGAGGUCCUCAGCGUGGAGGAAGUCCCUGAUUGGCCAGUCAGUCUGCGCACCCUCGAGCUUCAGAACAUGCGCAAGUGGUCCGCCGACGCAGCCGAGAACCUCUUCCAGUCCCUGAUCAAAGCCGCUCCGGACCUUCCUGAUCUACGGAUCAUAAACAUCAACGCGAAGCUCAACAUCCCCAUCCGCCAGCGCUCCGAGAUGCGCGACAGAUGGGAAGCCCGUCUUAAGGGCGUCUUUCUCCGCAAAUGGGAAGACCCCAAGCCACCCUUCACACUACGCCCCCCAAAACCUCCCACGCCCAAGCAGAUUAUGCCCUCAUUCUCAACGAGCAAGAUCCCUCCUUCCGCUACGAAGCGCUCCCGGACCGAUAAAUGGGUAGCGCAGUCCAUCGAAGCCGACCAACAAGGCUCAGGCUCCUCGCAGUCUCAGUCUACCCGCCGAAGCGCCCGCAUCGCAGCUCUAUCUUCCGGCCCAUCAUCCCACGGUGGCACACCCUCCCUCUCACGCGGAAACAGCUUCCAACGCGGCGAGCGUGAAAUGUCAGUGACCUCGUCUCUCUGCCUGUCAGCGGAGGAACUCUCCCUUUCGCCUAGGGAAGCCAACGUCGCGGGCGAGAUUCUGUACAGACACGGCUGGUGCGAGAAGGUGGAGCUGCAGCUGGACAACCAGAAGUUGACGGAGCAGACGUUGACGAUGGAGGAUUUCGUGGACGGCAGCGGCGGGGAUGACGAUGAUGAGGAUUCGGAGUGGGAUGGGAUGGAUCGGGAUGAUGAUUACGGUGGUGGGGGGUAUGCUUGGUGA